UUGUUUGCCUACACACAAUUACGUAAAGUUUCGCUUGUGAAAAUAUAAAUUAAAAUUUUUGUUCAGUUUAUGUGAUUGAUAACCGGAAGAACCUAAAGAAGUUGCACUGGAACUUUGAUAACUUGAAAAACUUGCAAGCAACAACAUGCCGGAUCCACCGAAGAAAGAGAAGAAAAAGAACCGGACAUCCAAGACCAAGUUGGGUGAGGGAGGCGGGGGUGGCGAUGCCGAUGAUUUUGAUGCAUGGAUGAAAUCACGUCAGUUAGUUAAGCCAGAUGAUCAAUUGGACUUGACGGAGGCCGAGCUGGGCGAAGAGGUCAUCAAGGUGCUGACGCCAACCAACACAAAUGUGGUGCGCAAUUUGGUAGUUUACAGUUUCAAGGAGGGCGAAUAUGUGUCUGCGCCUCUGCCAGGCAACACUGUGACGUUGAUAAGCUUUCCGGGUAACUCGUUGCACGUGGACUCCGAGGAUGCGCGCCGUCAAAUCGAGGAGUCCGACGAGAUUGGCUAUCCACUGCCCAUGCCCAAUUAUUCGGUGGUGGAGCAGCGCGAGACCAUAAUCGAUGGCGAGGAGGAAGGCGAGGGCGAAACCGAUGAGGACAAACCUGAUGCUGACGGAAAACAAAGUCCCGGCCCUGGCGGCGGCGGCGGCGGCGGUGAUGAGGAAGAAGUCGAAGAGGAGGAGGAAGAUGAAGGCAAGGGCACUGAGGGCGGCGCCGAACAAGAGACAAGAGAUGAUGAGGAUGGCGGUGGUGCCAUUGCCAUACCCGGCGGUGGCAGCAAGAAACGCAAGCUCAUCAAUCAGUUCAAUUACUGUGAACGCGCCACCUUGACCUAUGUCAAUCCCAAGCGAAGUGUGGAUACGCAAACAAUACCGCCAUCACGGUCACAGUUUGGCGCCAAUGUGCUGCAGUGGGUCAUCUAUGACACUUAUCAACAGGAUUUUGACCAGCAGCAGAAGCAACUUGCUGGCUCCGGCUCCAAGAAAGAUGAACGCAAUCGCACUUCGCGUCAGAAAAAGUUCAAGGACAAAACGGCCUUGGCCAAGCAGCUGAAUGCUAAAUAUUUAAGAUGCUGGCAGAUACUCGAGCGUAUGAUUAAUCAGAAUAUUUUUGAUGACAUCGGCAUGGACUAUCGCUAUUGGGAAGAUCCGGCUGAUGAAUAUCGGGAAGGCGAGGGUAAUCUAUUGCCGCUGUGGAAAUUUCAAUAUGAAAAAACAAAGAAAAUGAAUGUUACGGAUAUAGUUUUUAAUCCCAGUUACUAUGAUCUCUUUGCCGUUUGCUUUGGCUCACAUGAUUUUCUAAAACAGCCCAACGAAGGUUACUUGUGUUUUUUUACUGUGAAAAAUCCUUCUUUUCCGGACUAUAUUAUUCAAACAGACUGUGGCGUCAUGUGCUGCGACAUACAUCCCAAUUAUCCAUUCUUAACCGUGAUCGGACUCUACGAUGGCAAUGUGGCCGUUUAUAAUAUAAGAGAGAACUGCAAGACGCCUUUGUAUGUCUCGAGAGGUAACAAGUGCAAGCAUGGCGAAUGCGUCUGGCAAUUGAAAUGGGGACCUGAUAUGACAGACGGCGAAAUUAAUUUUUAUUCCGUUUCCUCCGACGGCACCGUUUUCAAUUGGAUCUUAAUGCAAAACAAACUGUGGGUCACCACCAUCAUACGUCUCUAUUUGGAGGAAAAUGGCACUGCUGAUGGACCAGAUGGCACCAAAGUUACACUGCGUGAUGGCGGCUCCUGUUUACAAUUUCAUCCCACAAAUCCCGGCGUAUAUCUGGUGGGCACCGAGUGUGGCUUUAUUUACAAAUGCAGCACUGCGUUUAGCUCCAAAUAUCUAAUGACCUAUCAUGCGCAUAAUAUGAGCGUCUAUCGCAUUGACUUUAAUCGCUUUAAUGUCAACAUAUUUGUAUCCUGUAGCGGGGAUUGGCGUGUCAAAGUCUGGGAGGAUAUGCGCGCCGAUCCUUUGUUUAUUUUUGAUUUAGGCUCAGCUGUAGGUGAUGUCAAAUGGGCGCCGUACUCGAGCACCGUAUUCGCCGCCGUAACCACCGAGGGCAAGGUGCAUGUUUUCGAUCUGAAUGUGAACAAGUAUAAGGCUAUAUGCGUACAAGCUGUGGUGCCCAAGCGUAAGAACAAGCUCACCAGACUGGCUUUCAAUGAGAAGCUGCACUUUAUAGUGGUCGGUGAUGAGAAAGGCGUAACGCAUUCACUGAAACUAUCGCCCAAUCUACGUGUUAUGGUGAAACCACCGAAGAAGCAGCUCUAUCUGGAUCAGACUACACUACAAAUAGCCAAGCUGGAAAAGCUACUGUCGCUGGUGCGUGAGCUGCCCGAGGGUGAGGUGGUGGCAGAUGCAGCAACCACAGUGCGCAGCUAAAAGACCACAAGAUGUACAUACUGCUCUUAGCUGUAAAUGCCCAUAUAGUACAGAGUUCUUUAUUGUAUUAAAAAAAAACUUUAGAGUUAAAAGGUUAUAAACAGAGAGAGCUUUACAAGCUAUUUAACUAAAGGUUGGUUAAUAAACAAACUACUUAAUGGC